AUGGUCAGCCUGAUCAGCACCCGUUGGAUUUUCUGCCAAAUCGCCACCUUGUUCCCAAUCGACUUCAAAGAUAUUGCCGAUAAUUCCGACUACGACAAGAGCGUUCACAGCGAUAAUGGUGAUAAAACUAUUGUUGUUGCCGAUGAGGAUCAUGAUGACGAUGAAAACGACGACGAUGAUGAUGACGACGAAGACUGUAUUACGCGGUUAUCCCACGGUGUUAUCCUCAUUCUGCUCAUGGGUCUCCUGGAAGGCUACUUUGUUCCUCUUCACUGCUACCACCCAAUGCCUAGCACGGAUGCCAUGCGGCUGACCAAUAUUAACCUAGCCUUUGACCUUAUACGGGCAGCCGAGCUACCGGAGCCGAUGGAGAGGCCUGAGGACAUUGCCAUGGGCGAUUCCAGGGCCAUUCUUCGGCUGUUGUACUCCAUCUACUCGCGUUACCAGUACGAGGUGGGUGGCCGAAAUCCCGUGGACGAUUUGCAUGAGCUCAAAGAGGAGGGAGCUACCGCUGAUGGGCAAGAUGAGCCCCCAGAAGCGGGUCUGGGGCCCCACCAGAUGGGUCGGACUGACGUCGUCGCAGAGUGCGCCUAG